CUCCCGCAGGCCCGCGGCGUUUAAUGACGCGGUCUCGCGCACGUCGCGACCCAGAGCCUCCAAGGCCAUGGCCUCCGUAGGAGCGACCCCAGGCAGGACGCCGCAGGGACCGGGACCCAGGGAGGCCUCGGCCAGCUUCCCCAGCCCGGCCCCAGUGCCGGACCCCCGGGAGGCCGAGGAGGAGGAAGAGGAGGAGCCCGCGGAGAUUCAUCUGUGUGUGCUGUGGAACUCAGGAUACCUGGGCAUUGCCUACUAUGACACUAGUGACUCCACCAUCUACUUUAUGCCAGAUGCCCCAGACCACGAGAGCCUCAAGCUGCUCCAGAGAGUUCUGGAUGAAAUCGAUCCCCAGUCUGUUGUCACGAGCGCCAAACAGGAUGAGAAUAUGACUCGGUUUCUGGGGAAACUUGCCUCCCAAGAGCACAGAGAGCCUAAGAGACCUGAAAUCAUACUUUUGCCAAGUGCGGAUUUUGGCCUGGAGAUAAGCAAACAGCGCCUCCUUUCUGGAAACUACUCCUUCAUCCCAGACUCCAUGACCGCCACUGAGAAAAUCCUCUUCCUCUCCUCCAUCAUCCCGUUUGACUGCCUACUCACGGUUCGAGCACUUGGAGGGCUGCUGAAGUUCAUGGGUCGAAGAAGAAUCGGGGUUGAACUGGAAGACUAUAACGUCAGCAUCCCCAUCCUAGGCUUUAAGAAAUUUGCGUUGACCCAUCUGGUGAGCAUAGAUCAAGACACUUACAGUGUUCUGCAGAUAUUUAAGAGUGAGCCUCACCCCUCAGUGUACAAAGUGGCCAGUGGACUCAAGGAGGGGCUCAGCCUCUUUGGAAUCCUCAACAGAUGCCGCUGUAAGUGGGGAGAGAAACUGCUCAGGCUAUGGUUCACACGUCCAACCCAGGACCUGGAGGAACUAAAUUCCCGUCUGGAUGUCAUUCAGUUUUUCCUGUUACCCCAGAAUCUGGACAUGGCUCAGAUGCUGCAUCGAUUGCUGGGUCACAUCAAGAACGUGCCUCUGAUUCUUAAACGCAUGAAGUUGUCCCACACCAAGGUCAGUGACUGGCAGGUUCUCUACAAGACAGUGUACAGUGCCCUGGGCCUGAGGGAUGCUUGCCGCUCCCUGCCCCAGUCCAUUCAGCUCUUUCGGGACAUUGCCCAAGAGUUCUCUGAUGACCUACACCACAUUGCCAGCCUCAUUGGGAAAGUGGUGGACUUUGAGGGCAGUCUUGCUGAAAAUCGCUUCACAGUCCUCCCCAACAUAGAUCCUGAAAUUGAUGCGAAAAAACGAAGGCUGACAGGACUUCCCAGUUUCCUCACUGAGGUGGCUCGGAAGGAGCUGGAAAAUCUGGACCCCCGUAUUCCUUCAUGCAGUGUCAUCUACAUCCCUCUGAUUGGCUUCCUUCUUUGUAUUCCCCGCCUGCCUUCCAUGGUGGACACCAGUGACUUUGAGAUUGAGGGUCUGGACUUCAUGUUCCUCUCAGAGGAGAAGCUUCACUAUCGUAGUGCUCGAACCAAGGAGCUGGAUGCAUUGCUGGGGGACCUGCACUGCGACAUCCGGGACCAGGAAACCCUGCUGAUGUACCAGCUGCAGUGUCAGGUGCUGGCACGGGCAGCUGUCUUGACCCGGGUGUUGGACCUCGCCUCCCGCCUGGACGUCCUCUUGGCUCUUGCCAGUGCCGCCCGGGACUAUGGCUACUCAAGGCCCCGUUACUCCCCACGGCUCCUUGGGGUACGAAUCCAGAAUGGCAGGCAUCCUCUGAUGGAGCUCUGUGCCCGAACCUUCGUGCCCAACUCCGCAGAAUGCGGGGGGUACAAAGGGAGGGUCAAAGUCAUCACUGGACCCAACUCCUCAGGGAAGAGCAUAUACCUCAAACAGGUAGGCUUGAUCACAUUCAUGGCCCUGGUGGGCAGCUUUGUGCCAGCAGAGGAAGCCGAAAUCGGGGCAGUAGACGCCAUCUUCACCCGAAUCCAUAGCUGUGAAUCCAUCUCCCUUGGCCUCUCUACCUUCAUGAUCGACCUCAACCAGGUGGCGAAAGCAGUGAACAAUGCCACUGAGCGGUCGCUGGUCCUUAUUGAUGAAUUCGGAAAGGGAACCAACACGGUGGAUGGUCUCGCGCUUCUAGCGGCCGUGAUCCGACACUGGCUGGCGCUUGGGCCCACGUGCCCCCACAUCUUCGUGGCCACCAACUUUCUGAGCCUCAUUCAGCUACAGCUGCUGCCACAGGGGCCCCUCGUGCAGUAUUUGACCAUGGAGACCUGUGAAGAUGGGAAUGACCUUGUCUUCUUCUAUCAGGUUUGCGAAGGUGUUGCCAAUGCCAGCCAUGCCUCCCACACAGCUGCCCAGGCUGGGCUUCCUGAGAAACUCAUUGCUCGUGGCAAGGAGGUCUCAGACUUGAUCUGCAGUGGAGAGCCCAUCAAGCCUGUCAAGGAGCUGCUAAAGGAGAAACAAAUGGAAAAUUGCCAGAUGUUAGUAGACAAGUUUCUGAAACUGGAUUUGGAAGAUCCCAGUCUGGACCUGGACAUUUUCAUGAGUCAGGAAGUGCUGCCUGCUGCCGCCACCAUCCUCUGAGAGUCUUUCCUGGGCUCUCCUCCACAUCCCAAACCCCGGGAGCCUGCCAGGCCCUCUUUGUUUCCUUACCUCCUUCACACCCAGAGUUCUCAGUUUCCCUGGAAAUUUUGUUUCAUGUUAGUAAUAAAGUUUGUUUUGGAGAAA